AUGGUAACUGGUUGCUCACAUGGCAUUGGAAAAGCGUAUGCCGAAGCACUUGCGAAAGCAGGAUUAAAUGUUGUCCUAAUAAGUCCCGAUACCGAAAGUUUGAAAAUAUUUGCCAAUGAAAUAGAAACUCUAUGCAAUGUUAGAACGAAAAUAAUAAGAUUAGACUUUUCGGAAGGAAUGGAAACUUAUCGUGCAAUAGAGAAAGAGAUAUUAAAUUUGGAAGUGGGCGUAUUGGUGAAUAAUCUCGGUAUUUCUUAUCCUCAUCCAGAAUAUUUCCUGGAUCUACCGCAUAAAGAUAAAAUUUAUAUGAAUAUUAUACAUUGUAAUAUCGUUGUUGUGACGAAUAUGUGCCGAAUAGUAUUACCACAGAUGGUUUUACGUGGUAAAGGUGUUGUAAUUAAUGUCUCUUCUAGUGUGGCUCUGAUGCCAUGUCCAUUGUUGACUGUUUUCGCAGCAACGAAAGCAUACGUUUUAAAAUUCAGCAGAGAUUUACAAAUCGAAUACGGCAAACAUGGUAUAAUCAUACAAUGUCUUUUACCUGGAACCAUUACCAAUCAUACAAUGGAUUCUCCAAAAGCUGGCUGGAUGAUACCAACUCCGGAUGAAUAUGUUCAAAGUGCUAUCAAAACGAUCGGAAAGGAAAUCGUUACAACAGGCUUCAUUCCUCAUACCUUAUUAAUCAGCAUGGUUAAACUGAUAUAUCAGUUUUCUCCAAAAUUAAUUCUUAUAUGGAUGAUAAGCGUUAUGGAGAAUAAUCGUAAUAAUAUGUUACAACGAUAUCUUGCUUAA